GCCUGUGCCACUAUGAUCUCAUCCAGUGACUUUGCAUCUGCAUCCUGGGAGCUCAUGGUCCAAGUUCACAAUCCAAAUGAAAAGGAGCCAAGAGACAUCACACUGAGAGUGUCCGGAGACCUGCAUGUCGGGGGUGUGAUGCUCAAGUUGGUAGAAAAGAUCAACAUAGCUCAAGACUGGUCAGACUUUGCUCUUUGGUGGGAACAGAAACAUUGCUGGCUUCUGAAAACCCACUGGACCCUGGACAAAUGUGGGGUUCAGGCAGAUGCCAAGCUUCUCUUCACCCCCCAGCACAAAAUGCUGCGCCUUCGGCUGCCUAACAUGAAGACGGUGAGGUUGCGAGUCAGCUUCUCGGCUGUGGUGUUUAAGGCUGUCAGUGACAUCUGCAAAAGCCUGAAUAUUAGAAGAUCAGAAGAACUUUCCUUGUUAAAGCCUUCUGGUGACUUUUUUAAGAAAAAGAAAAAGAAAGAUAAAAAUAAUAAGGAGCCCAUCAUUGAAGAUAUUCUCAACCUGGAGAGUUCUCCAACAGGGUCACCAGGAAGUCCAGGCUUAUACAGUAAGACCAUGACUCCUACCUAUGACCCCRUCAGUGGGACUCCGGCAUCCUCCACCAUAACUUGGUUCACUGACAGCCCUUUAACAGAACAGAACUGCAACAUCCUCGCAUUCAGCCAGCCACCCCCGUCACCAGAGGCACUUGCUGAUAUGUACCAGCCUCGGUCUCUGAUUGAUAAAGCCAAGCUUAACGCAGGUUGGCUAGAUUCUUCACGCUCCCUUAUGGAACAAGGAAUCCAAGAGGAUGAGCAACUGCAGUUACGAUUUAAAUACUACACUUUCUUUGAUUUAAAUCCUAAAUAUGAUGCUGUCCGAAUAAACCAACUCUAUGAACAAGCCAGGUGGGCUAUUCUCUUAGAAGAAAUUGACUGCACAGAAGAAGAAAUGCUGAUCUUUGCAGCACUACAGUAUCACAUCAGCAAAUUGUCGAUGUCGGCUGAGGUACAGGAUUUUACAAAUGAGUCCGAGGUUGACGAAGUGGAAGCUGCCCUUUCUAAUUUGGAAGUGACCCUAGAAGGUGGAAAAGCAGACAGCACUUUGGAGGACAUUACUGACAUCCCCAAGCUUGCAGACAAUCUCAAAUUGUUUAGGCCAAAGAAGCUAUUAUUAAAAGCUUUCAAACAAUAUUGGUUCGUCUUUAAAGACACAUCUAUAACCUACUUUAAAAAUGCGGAACUUGAACAAGGAGAACCCAUAGAAAAACUCAAUCUUAGAGGCUGUGAAGUUGCGCCAGACGUGAAUGUAGCAGGCAGAAAAUUUGGAAUCAAGUUACUAAUCCCAGUUGCUGAUGGUAUGAACGAAGUGUAUUUGAGAUGUGACCACGAGAAUCAAUAUGCCCAAUGGAUGGCUGCCUGCAUCUUGGCAUCAAAGGGCAAAACCAUGGCAGACAGCUCCUACCAGCCAGAGGUCCUCAACAUCCUUUCGUUUCUGAGGAUGAAAAACCGGAAGUCCUCAAUUCAGUUGACUUCCAGUCUCGAAAGCAUGGACAUGAACCCAGAAUGUUUUGUGUCACCUCGGUGUGCAAAAAAACACAAAUCUAAGCAGCUGGCUGCGCGGAUCAUGGAAGCCCAUCAGAACGUGGCCACGAUGCCCCUGGUUGAAGCCAAGCUGCGGUUCAUCCAGGCAUGGCAGUCCCUACCUGAGUUCGGCCUCACCUACUACCUUGUCAGAUUUAAAGGAAGCAAGAAAGAUGACAUUCUGGGAGUUUCCUAUAAUAGGUUGAUUAGAAUUGAUGCAACCACCGGGAUCCCUAUUACGACAUGGAGAUUUACCAACAUAAAACAGUGGAAUGUCAACUGGGAAAUCCGGCAGGUGAUGAUCGAGUUUGACCAAAACUUCCAGGUUGCAUUUAUGUGCCUGAGUGCGGAUUGCAAGAUUGUGCAUGAGUACAUCGGUGGCUACAUUUUCUUGUCCACUCGCUCCAAGGACCAGAAUGAAACGCUCGAUGAAGACCUCUUUCACAAGUUGACAGGUGGUCAGGACUGA